UCUCUCUCGCCAUGUCUGCUGUCUUGCAAGCCGUCUCCAACCUCGCCUCAUCGUCUGGAAAAGAAAAGGUCCUUUCCAAGCACGACAACGACGUCGUCAUCGUCUCUGCAGUCCGCUCUGCUCUAACAAAGUCCAAGAAGGGCGGUUUCAAGGACACACGGCCAGAGGAGAUUCUCUCCGGCGUGCUGCGUGCGGCAUACACCAAGAUCGGCCUCGACCCAGCACUCAUCGAGGACAUCACCGUCGGCAAUGUCCUUCCCCCUGGCAGCGGCGCGAACGCAGCGCGCAUGGCCGGCUUCCACGCCGGCAUUCCUGUUUCAACCCCCGUCAGCACCGUCAACCGACAAUGUUCGUCAGGUCUGGCUGCCGUCAACAACAUCGCGGCGCUGAUCACCUCAGGGCAGAUCGACAUCGGCCUGGGUGCGGGCGUCGAGUCUAUGACCUUCGGCUACAACGCGGGCGCAAACCCCGACGGCUUCUCCGAGGAGGUGCUCGCCAACCCGCUCGCCGCCGACUGCCUCGUCCCCAUGGGCAUCACCUCCGAGAACGUCGCCGCCGACUUCCACAUCCCGCGCGCAGACCAGGACGCGUUCGCCGCGGCGUCCUUCCAGAAGGCCGCCCGCGCGCAGAAGGAGGGCCGCUUCGCGCCCGAGAUCGUGCCGCUGACCGUGCCGUGGGUCGACCCGAAGACGGAGAAGGAGAGCCGGGUCGUCGUCGACUUCGACGACGGCGUGCGCGACGGCGUCACCGCGGAGAGCCUCGCGAAGCUCCGGCCCGCGUUCGCGAAGGACGGCACGACGCACGCGGGGAACGCGUCGCAGGUGUCCGACGGCGCCGCCGCGGUGGUCCUCGCGCGGCGGAGCGUCGCGGCGAAGCUCGGGCUGCGCGUGCUGGGCAAGUUCGUGGGCGCGGCGGCCGUCGGGGUGCCGCCGCGCAUCAUGGGCGUCGGCCCGCUGUACGCGAUCCCGAAGGUGCUGCAGAAGGCGGGGCUGAGCACGGAGGACGUGGACUUCUACGAGAUCAACGAGGCGUUCGCGAGCCAGGCGGUGUACUGCGUGAAGGAGCUCGGGAUCGACGUUGCGAAGGUGAACGUGUGGGGCGGUGCGAUCGCGCUCGGGCACCCGCUGGGGGCGACCGGGGCGCGUCAAAUUGUGACUGGGCUCAACAUCGCGAAGCAGACUGGCGGGAAGAUCUUCGUCACCAGUAUGUGCAUUGGCUCGGGCAUGGGCAUGGCCGCGGUCUUCGUCAGCGAGCAGUGAGCAGUGAGCACUUUCUUCAAUAACGCCGCUCUCGGAUGGCCACGCGGUGCUGCUUGUAACCUUAUGGUCUGUGUAUGUACUCUAGUCAGGGAGGAUCGGAAUGGCAUGCUCCGGCGCUUUCUUGCACUGGUU